CAGACUGGAAGGUGAAAAGAGCUAUUCACCAGAAUGUCUCUGCGGUAUCAUGUGGAUUAAUUAGAACCUCAGAUACUGGGUUUUACAUGUCAGCGACUCCAUUCUCUCAGAAUUCUCUCAGGAAGCCUUACCAAGCAAGAACAAUGGAGGCCAGCAGGAAGCUCAUCUGCAGACAAAGGCAAGUCAUUCUCUUCUUUUUCUUUCUGGUUUACUCGCUGGCUGAUGCGGAACCUAGGCGCUAUUCAGUGGUGGAGGAAACUGAGGGUAGCUCUGUUGUAGCCAAUAUAGCGAAGGACCUGGGUCUGGGACAGAGAGAACUGGCGAGGCGGGCAGCUCGGGUCCUAUCCAAAGGGAACAAACAGCAUUUGCACCUCGUUCUGGAGACCGGGGAUCUGACGCUAACUGAAAAACUGGAUCGGGAGGAACUGUGCGGUGACACAGAGCCCUGUAUACUACGUUUCCAGGUGCUGCUAGAAAAUCCCUUACAGUUUUUUCAAGCUGAGCUGCAAAUCAUAGACAUAAAUGAUCAUGCCCCGGUGUUCGUGGACAGAGAAAUAUUACUGAAAAUAUCAGAAAGCAGUCCUCCAGGAACUACCUUUCCCCUGAAGAAUGCCCAGGACGUGGAUGUCGGUAGAAAUAACAUUGAGACUUAUAGUAUCAGCUCCAACUCCCAUUUUCAGGUCCUCACUCGCAAACGCAGCGACGGUAGGAAGUACCCUGAGCUGGUGCUGGACAAAGCUCUAGAUCGUGAGGUGGAGCCUGGACUCAGAUUAACCCUCACAGCCCAGGAUGGUGGCUCUCCUCCCCGGUCUGGGACAGUUCAGGUCCACAUUGAAGUUGUAGACACCAAUGACAAUGCCCCUGAAUUUGAGCAGCCUCUCUAUAGAGUGCAGGUCCCUGAGGACAGUCCCAUUGGCUCCUUAAUUGCCAGGGUCUCUGCUACUGACAGAGACACGGGAGCAAACGGAGAAAUCUCCUAUUCACUUUUCCAAGUCUCAGAGGAGAUUGGCAACACGUUUGAAGUAAAUCCCAUGACAGGAGAAAUUCGACUGAAUAAGCAACUUGAUUUUGAAACAAUUCAGUUCUAUGAGGUCAAUGUAGAAGCCAGGGAUGCUGGCGGUUUUUCUGGAAAAUGCGCUGUUUUGGUUCAAGUUCUAGAUGUGAAUGAUAAUGCCCCAGAAAUCUCCAUUUCUGCGAUGACCAGUUCAAUCCCUGAGAACUCGCCUGAGACUGUGGUGGCAGUUUUCAGUGUUUCUGAUCUUGAUUCAGAAGAAAAUGCGAGACUAGGAUGCUCUAUUCAGGACGAUCUACCUUUCCUCUUGAAAUCUUCUGUGGAAAACGUGUACACUCUGGUAACAGACAGACCACUGGACAGAGAGAGUAGAUCUGAGUACAACAUCACCAUCACCGUCAUGGACUUGGGAACCCCAAGGUUAAGAACACAACUCAAUGUAAAAAUCCUGGUCUCCGACGUCAAUGACAACGCGCCCACCUUCACCCAAACCUCCUACACGCUGUUCGUCCGCGAGAACAACAGCCCCGGCCUGCACCUGGGCACAGUCAGCGCCACCGACAGAGACACGGGCACCAACGCCCAAGUCACCUACUCCCUGCUGCCGCCCCGCGACCCGGCAGGCGCCGCGUUGGGGCCGUAUUCGAUGGUAGAAGAAAUGGAGAGAGGGUCUUUUGUGGUAAACCUGGGGAAAGAGCUGGGGAUGGAACCCACGGAGCUGUCUAUGCGAGGGGCCAGGAUUAUUUCCCAGGGGAACAAAGAGCACUUGCAGCUGAAGGUGCGGACUGGGGAUUUGAUCAUAAAUGAUAAACUAGAUCGAGAGGCGCUCUGCGGCCCCACUGAACCGUGUGUGCUACAUUUCCAAGUGUUCAUGGAAAACCCCUUCGAGAUAGUUCAGGCUGAACUGAGGGUGAGAGACAUCAAUGACCAUUCUCCCGUAUUCCCUGAAAGAGAAAUGAUUCUAAAAGUACUGGAAAACAGCCCUCCAGGGACUUCCUUCCCUCUGAAGAAUGCUCUGGACUUGGAUGUAGGCAACAACAGUGUUCAGACAUACAAAAUCAGUCCCAAUCCUCAUUUCCGGGUCCUAACCAGCAAGCUCAGCGACGGCAGGAAAUACCCUGAGCUGGUGCUUGACAAAGAGCUGGAUCGGGAGGCGGAGUCUGAACUCAGAUUAACCCUUGUGGCGCUGGAUGGCGGCUCUCCGCCCAGAUCUGGGACUUCCCAGGUCCGCAUCGAAGUGGUGGACAUAAACGACAAUGCCCCUGAGUUUAAGCAGGCUCUCUACCAGGUGCGGAUUCCCGAGGACAGCCCCAUAGGCUCCCUGGUGGUUGUCCUCUCGGCCAGUGAUUUAGACAUCGGAAUCAAUGGGAAAAUAUCAUACACACUCUUUCAGCCUUCGGAAGAAAUUAGCAAAAUUUUAGAGGUUCAUCCUAUCACCGGAGAAAUUCGACUGACAGCCCAAGUAGAUUAUGAAACAGUUCUGUCUUAUGAAGUGGACAUCGUGGCCACAGAUGGGGGAGGGCUUUCAGGAAAAUGCACUCUUCUCCUGCAGGUGGUGGAUGUGAAUGACAAUGCCCCAGAAGUGACCCUGUCCGCACUCACCAGCCCCGUCCCAGAGAACGCACCGGACACUGUAGUUGCUGUUUUCAGUGUUUGGGAUCCUGACUCCGGGAACAACGGGAAGACUGCAUCUUCUAUCCCAGACGACCUUCCCUUUCUCCUGAAACCUUCCAUCCAGAACUUUUACACGUUGGUAACCAAGACAGCCUUAGACAGAGAGACAAACGCCGAGUACAACAUCACCAUCACUGUCACCGACUUGGGGUCACCGAGGUUAAAAACCGAGCACACCAUCAGGGUGCUGGUCUCCGACGUCAAUGACAACGGCGCCCGCGACCAGGCGCAGGCCGACGGGCUCACGGUCUACCUGGUCAUUGCGUUGGCCUCGGUGUCUUCGCUCUUCCUCUGCUCUGUGCUCCUGUUUGUGGCCCUGAGACUGUGCAGGAGAAGAGCCGCCUGGGAGGGUCGCUGUUCGGUGCCUGAGGGCCGCUUUCCAAGCCACUUGGUGGACGUGAGUGGCACAGGAACUCUAUCACAGAACUACCAGUAUGAGGUGUGUCUGCCCGAAGGGUCUGGGACCAGUGAGUUCAAGUUCCUAAAGCCGAUUAUUUCAGCCUUUUCUCCCCCAGGGCACUACUAGUAAAAGAGGAAUAAACUUUAUAUUUAAUUAUUGACUGACCUCUAAUGAAGACAUAUAUUUCUUUAAUAUUUCCUCCAUAACCACCAAUAAGAUAUUAUUUUAUUUUCUCUAUUUUAAUUUUCAAUUCCCAACAUUAUGUUUAAGAUUAUCCUUUUCCUCAUAUUUAGGUAAGGAGAUGUUUCUCUCUGGGAUCCUAAUCAAUGAUAUUGCUUUUAUGGUCAAAGUUGAUGAUUAUAAUUUUCUUCCCAUUUGUAUACUUUAUGUAUAUGUUUCUUUUAUGUUGUGUCCAUCUUCUCUAUAUUACUCAUGCUAUUCACCUUUUCCUAGAACUUCUUCAGUUUUCAAAAUAAUCCCUGGCAUGUACUACUUAUAUUUGAGAUUUGAUAUUUCUGUCUUCUGUGCUUUCAAAACUGGUAUCAUAGUUUAUCAUCCUUGAUUUUUACAAUAACACUUUAUGAACUGUCAUUUUAAAACUAAGUUUUAUUGUCGCUUUAGUAAUAUCUACUUACUUGAAGUAUGUUUCUAUGAUAAGCAGUGUUAUAAAUAAAUAUUAUCCUUAUCUGAAAAUAGGAAACAUCGUGGUAAGGCUUUUUGAGUAUGUGUAACAUUGGAAGUGGGGAAAAGCAAUGUUUGGCAUUCUUUAGCAUCAUGAAAAUCUUUAACAAUUUCAUGCUUUUAAUUCUGCAUGGGGAAAAAAGAACUGUUAAGUUUCCAUGACUAUAACCAAGUACCUUUCUGUUAUAAAAUAUCCCCCAAAUAAUCACUAAAUAGGGGUUUGUAGAGUGUACCUUUAAUCGUCAACAAGUAAAGUGUUAUUUGGUGGUAUCUAGUUUUUCCCACUAUAUCUCUCAAUUAAGUUGGUGUCCCUUGCUUACUGUGGAAAAGAGAGGUCUUUAAUAUCUCUUAAACCUUUUUAAUAAAACGUUAUGUGAAACAGGUAAUACAAUUAUACCCUUACUUUCAAAAGGGUUGGGAUAGGCAUCAGUCUUAGUAUUCUUACUAACUGCAAAGUGGAUUACAUCUAGUGGGAAUCUAGUAAUUAAUCCCACUACAUUCCAGUUAAGAGAGGCCUUAAAGUAAAUGUCACCCACUUCUUUAACUCUGAAAGUAAUUUUAAGGUUAAUGUCAUGAAAAUAUUGUAAAGAAGAAGAAAAAAUUUAAAAAUUGCAGUGAAUAAAGAGCUCUAAAAUAAGAAUACAGUUUUCAAAUUAUAGGGACCAAAGGGAAUCGAAAAUUAUUGUUUGGUGUUCUAUUUACUGGAGGUUAUUUAUUUACAUAUGCAAGCAUUAAAUGAGCAUCUAAGAUGCCAACAGAUAUGACUAAAAUAUAGCCCCUGUGCUCACGUAGCUUACACAUUAUGAAAGGGGCAAGUCGGCCUGAAGCAAGAAGCAAUGAUUUUGACAAAGACAAUCGUGUUAUAUGCGCACGUUUUUAUAAGAGCAAGGUGGGAGAGCUCCCUAAAUACUUUCUACUGCAUUAUGCCAUGAUUCUGCUCAAGCAACAUAACGAGAUGUUGAAGGCAUUACAUGGGUUCUCCAUAAGGAGUUUAAAGACCUGGUACAGAGCAAAGUCGAACAGUGCUGUGAAUAUUGUUACUAUUUUCAACUUUCAAGGUUUUUUACAUUUAAAAUUAACAGUGAAAAUAGUCCUCUAUCUCAUUUUUUUAAAACAAAUGGAGGAAAAUGGGGAAAAAACGAAUCUGAAGAAAAAUGCUAUGGGUAUGCACGAAGACAAAAGCAUACUAGAGGCACAAAAUGACUGUAGUUAUUUGAGUGUUCGAAGGCCACGAGGUGGCGCUGCAGGAUAAAGAGACAGGGAAAAUCGGACCCAGGAUGCUGCGGAAGUGCCUAACCCAAAAAAGGAAGACACGAAACGAUCAGCUUGGGAGAAAAAAGGACCAAGGAUUGGCAAAGGGGGAAGCAGAGAGAGACAGACUGACAGAGAGCAAUCCCGAGAUUCCUGCUAACUACCGGGCGUGAGACUGGAGUUUGCAACUGCUCUUUCUUUAUUCUGGGGAAUGUGGUUGUGACUGAA